UUAUGUGAGCCUUGGUGGCUGAGUCAAGCUGUCUGAAUUCUGCAACUCAAAGAAAAAGAGUCACUGUCUCUCCCUCAGGGUCCCAGUGUUGGGUAAUUGGCAGACAUGGCUGAUACAGAACAAGUAGUGGAGGAGGUGGUGGAAGAAGUACAGGAAGAAGAGAUGCCUGCUGCUGAAGAAGAGGAGGCCCCCGCAGUAGAAGAGGUGGCCCCUGUGGAGGAAGAGGUGGCCCCGACAAUAGAAGACGUGGCCCCACCAGCAGAAGAGGAGGCCCCUGCAGAGGAGGCAGAGGUGCCGCCUGCAGAGGAGGAAGCGCCCCCUGCUGAGGAGGAAGAAGAAGCUCCUGCUGAAGAGGAAGCCGCAGAACAGGCAGAAGAUGAGUCAAAACCCAAACCAAAGAUGUUCAUGCCAAACAUCGCAGCACCAAAAAUCCCAGAGGGCGAGAAAGUGGACUUUGAUGACAUCCACAGGAAGCGCCAAGAGAAGGACCUCCAGGAGCUGCAGUCCCUGAUUGAGGCCCACUUCAUCCAGAGGAAGAAGGAUGAGGAGGAGCUCCUGGCCCUUGUCAGCAGGAUUGAGAAACGGCGUGCCGAGCGGGCAGAGCAGCAAAGGAUCCGUGCGGAGAGAGAGAAGGAGAGGCAGGCCAGGCUUGCGGAAGAGAAGGAGAGAAAGGAGCAGGAGGAGCAGCGCAAGAAGCAAGAUGAAGACGCCAAGAAGAAGAAAGCCCUGACCAACAUGACCCACCAGUACGGUGGGAUCCAGCAGAAGAGUGAGGGUCGCAAGGGGGCCAAGAAGCAGACGGAGAGGGAGAAGAAGAAGAAGAUUCUGGCUGAGAGACGAAAGCCUCUCAACAUAGAUCACCUCAGCGAGGAUAAACUGAAGGAAAAGGCCAAUGAGCUUUGGCAGUGGAUGAUGGAGCUGGAGGCAGAGAAGUUUGAUCUCAGCGAGAAACUGAAGAGACAGAAAUACGAUAUGAAUGUGCUCCAAACCAGAAUCAAUGAGCAGCAGAAGUUUGCCAAAGGUCGCGGGAAGGGCAAGGUGUCCGGCCGGCUGAGGUAAAGGGACCAUGGCGGGCAGCGGAGGACAGCUCCAGCGAGAGGCAGACGACUGUGUGUUUAGCUAGAUACCUACAUACCGGGAGGAUGCACCAUCCGUUUGCUGUAUCAUAUGUACAAACAAUAAAUGAAUCUCUGCA